AAUUAAGAGUUCAAGGCGCAGCGGCGGCGGCAGAAGAUGGCUGCGACUGGGGCGGCGGACACUCAGCUGAUGCUCGGGGUUGGGCUGAUCGAAAAGGACACAAAUGGAGAAGUUCUGUGGGUGUGGUGUUACCCUUCCACGACAGCCGCAUUAAGGAAUCUGCUGCUCAGAAAAUGCUGUCUCACAGACGAAAACAAACUUCUCCAUCCCUUUGUCUUUGGGCAGUACAGAAGAACAUGGUUUUAUAUCACAACAAUUGAAGUUCCAGAUUCUUCAGUUUUGAAAAAGGUGACUCAUUUUUCUAUUGUUCUGACCGUCAAAGAUUUUAAUCCAGAGAAAUAUGCUGCCUUCGCUAGGAUAUUGUGUAGAAUGUACCUGAAACAUGGGAGUCCAGUUAAAAUGAUGGAGAGUUAUAUUGCAGUUCUUACCAAGGGUAUCUGCCAGAGUGAAGAAAAUGGCUCUUUCCUUAGCAAGGACUUUGAUGCUCGAAAGGCAUACCUUGCAGGCUCCAUCAAAGACAUUGUAUCUCAAUUUGGAAUGGAAACUGUUAUCUUACACACGGCAUUGAUGCUAAAAAAACGAAUUGUUGUCUAUCACCCUAAAAUAGAAGCUGUUCAGGAGUUUACCAGGACUCUGCCUGCCCUGGUGUGGCAUCGACAGGAUUGGACCAUCCUGCAUUCUUAUGUGCACCUCAACACUGAUGAGCUAGAAGCCCUGCAGAUGUGCACAGGUUACAUUGCUGGGUUCGUAGACCUGGAGGUGAGCAACAGACCAGAUCUCUAUGACGUGUUUGUGAAUCUGGCAGAUAGUGAGAUCACCAUUGCUCCACUUGCAAAAGAGUCCAUGACAAUGGGAAAAUUGCACAAAGAAAUCGGCCAGCUAAUUGUUCAGUCUGCAGAGGAUCCAGAGAAGUCAGACAGCCAGGUUAUACAGGAUAUUGCCCUAAAAACAAAAGAAAUCUUCACCAACCUAGCACCAUUUUCUGAAGUUUUGGGUGAUGGAGGAAAACGAGUCCUCAAUUUGGAGGCGCUCAAGCGGAAAAGAUUUCCACCAGCAACAGAGAAUUUCCUUUACCACCUAGCAGCAGCCGAACAAAUGCUGAAACUCUGACUGUGAGAUAGGAUGUGCGCUGGUGACUGCUGGAAAGCUCUCCUUCCACUUUGAUUAUCCGUUGACUGUGGAAAAUACUGGAGAUAAGAGGAAAUGCUAUAUUUUCAGUGAUUUAUUUGAAAUUAUUGAGAUUUGACCUGAAAAACACUGAAACACAUGAAAACACUUGUGAUUUUUCUCCCAACUAUUAGUUUCCUGCCUACUGUCAACGUCUGACAAAGUGCUGUCUGUAACUAUUCCAUGUGAGGAAUGCCUCUGCCCAGUGUCCUGGAGUGAGGGGAAGCUCUGUCCUUGGGCAAAUCACAGCUGAUGCAAAAGCCUUCAUUAUUAGUUCCCAUGUGUCUCAUCGUGUACCAUAAACUAACAGUUUGUUACCAGAAAAAAAAAAAAAAAAAAGAGUUCAAAA